GAUAUAAAAGCCCCUCUAUCGGUUCGAAAGCCAACAGACUAAAGUUCGAAGGCCUAGCAGUCGAUACCUAAUCAGUGAUUUUCAAAAAUAUUUCCCCCAAAGUGCAUAAACAAAUGUGUCAAUGAAGACACCGGACACCAAAGCCAAGUUGCUGAAUAAUAUAAGUCUAUCUAAACACCUGUCUUCCAAGAAAGGCGGCUCUCGCACUAGUAACUGCGGCAAUUGUCUGGAAUUCUCCGUGCUGACGCGUCUCUCCAGCGUGCCCUGAAUCCCCCAGUUAUCCAAGCUCACCCAAGCUCCAGUUGAAACUUGAAAGAAAUCCUUGACAAUGGUUCACCAAACUCGCACACCCAGCAAGGCCAUUCCCGCCAAGCACCUGAGUCCCAUGCGGACCGUGGAGGGUCUGGGCGGAAAGUACGCCGUAUCCAGCAGUCCGGCGGAUAGUUUCCUGCGGAACACCAGGCUCACGGCUCAGAGCAGCUCCCAGCAGUCGGCCGCCUUCAAAUACAACCAGAUGGUCACCCACAAUCGGGAGCAGUUCAAUAACCUGCACUUCUGCUAGGACACGGAUAGGGAUGUGGAUGCACGUCGUCGCUGGAGAGACCGCAUUGGAGGAGGGAUAUAACCACUACUCGUACGAUGGCGAUUGUUUGUCACAAUACUUAAUGGCAAUAAAUUCAUUUUGAACAAAUUUUCACAUA